AUGUUCUACAACAACGCUUGCGAAGGAAGCUACAAUGGCCGAAAAUUAGCAAAGUCUUACGCUACACCGCUACCCGUAAACGUUGACGGGCAUGCUGAGCUGUACGCACCAUUUUAAGGGUGGGGACAUAUGUGCAGUCAUGUUGGAAGUCAAAGGCCACGGGAAAAUACAGCGGAAGGAUUGACUUCGUACGGUUGAGAAUCCGGGUCCAUGGGACACUAAAUGUGAGUCUUCACUGUCGUUGCUACAGAUGGACAACAGCAAGAAUACUGAUAGUUGUAAUAAAUGAAUCACGCAAAAAACAGGCUCUGGUUCCGUGAAUUGCGGCUCACCAUCCCGUGUCAGAUCCUCAACGGCUCGGUUCGGUGGAGUGACCGUCGUGUUGGCAGAUGUGUGCCAAUCUUUGAAAACCAAAGCGCAGGGCAGCAUGACUAACUGACCGGUUGGACUGUAACAUCACAGGGGAUCCGAAGCAAUGCCUUCCCGUUAUUCCCAAGCCAUCGCCUGCACAAAUUGUCGACGCUUGCAUCAUGAAUGCUGACUUCUGGGGGGAAGUUGAGGUGCUGCAUCUCUCUGUAAGUAGUAGUCCUUGCCUGACUUUUAGACCCUAUACUAACAAUGGCACGGUGCGAGCGCAGACAAACAUGCGUCUUCUGGCCGCUGCAGAUCGCACGACCGAAACGGAACGGGCAAAGGCACAGGGCUUUGCAGUUUGGCUCUUAGGAGUUGGAGACGGGUCGGCGAACGAAACAGAAGACUCUAUCGCGCUCCCACGUGAGCUUCUCUUGCCGGCGACCACGAGGAACACAUCCGGGUUGAUCAGACACGUUUAUCCCGUCCCCGCGCUCGAACUGGACAAUAUGUCAAUAGGCGAAAAAAUCGAAUACUUCCGAGAUCGAGCAAUUCUGGCGCCCAAAAAUUCGCAGGUGGGUCAGAUCAACGACAUGGUGCUCGACCUGCUGCCGGGUGACGCUCAAACGUUCUACAGCGCGGAUUCGGUCGAAAACGAAGACGAAUGA